CAAAAAAAAAAAAAAACAAUCGGACAUGAAGGAAUCGAGCGAUACUCAUCGAUGCCAUCUGCGGCACAAUUCCGGAACGCAUCUGCCCCCAGUUACCGAACAUUCCUCAAAAUGGGACCGGGCCUUGAGGCGGUUCCGCAAAUUGUUUGUCCUGUCGCCGCGCCACCCGGACACGGACAUGUUCUUCCGGAGCUUUUCCCAGCUGGAUCAGGAAAAUCGACGGCUCGUUGAGGACUAUCCGGCUUGCAUCAUCCAUCCGCUGAGCGUGUUCCGGCUGUACUGGGAAAUGGUAAUAUUCUUCGUGAUGAUCAUCCAUUCGUUCCUGUUGGUGUUCGUUGUCUGCUAUCUGAUUUACAUUGAUGAAAAGCACUUUGACGCUAUCAUUGGAUUCGAUCUGUUCCUGUGUGCCGUGCUCAUGGUUGAAGUGGUCCUGAAGUUUAUUACCGGAUAUGUGGUGAAGAAAUCUAAAAGUAUUGUUCUGGAACCGAGGAAGAUCUUUUGGAACAAUUUGAAAUGCUUCCGAGUGGUUUACCAUCUGUUAGGAGUUUUUCCGUUCAUCCUGUUUCUUCCCAAACUGAACCGUUCCUACUACGAUAGCCAGCCACUUUUCUAUCUGGUCAUAGUUUUGUUCCUGUAUUUGACUAACAUAUGCCGGUAUCAAGUUAUCAACAAAUAUUACGAAGUGAUUCCAAAGUUCUUCAAGGCAAGCGAAAACGUGAUUACUAUAACGAAGUUGUUGAUCGCUUCUUUACAUGUACUUCACUGGACAAGUUGCGUAGGAGACAUCAUUCCGCUGAUAGGCUACCAUUCGAUCAGUAAAACAACCCUACCGGAAUGGCACGAUACACAACUAGUUAUAGGAAAGUUUCUGGUGGACGUCUACAGAGAAAUCUAUCGCGAAGGUUAUUAUCCUGGGCGUCCAAACUCGGCGAUGGACCUUCAAGAGUACAAAGACUUCCGAAACUAUUUGUUCCACUUGGAUUUUCCAUUGGCUCGAACCAAAAGCUAUCAGUACGUGAUGAUGAAGUUGGAUGAUGCCUUCCGCCACGAAUCUAUCCUUGGAAUGUACAUCCGUGCGGUGAUGGACUCGAUCCAGGUUUCGCUGCUCGCCAGUCAAAUGAAUACCAAUGGUCUAGCGAGUAGAGAUCACUUGGUUACUUCCUACCUCGUUUUGACCGGUUGGAUGUGGCUAACCUACAUGAUGUUCCGAAUGGUUCAAAUAAUAAUUUCCAAGGACUUGAGCGAAACUAAGUACAACGAAAUUAUCAACGAGCUGAAGGCCUUUGGGUUCAACCGCCGACUCAGUAGUAAUCUCAAAGGGAAACUUCUCGAACACUUCGCCAACCGCUAUCAGAUGCAUUACUUUGACGAGGAAAGCAUCCUCAAUUCGCUCUCCAGCAAUCUACGGCGCAGCAUUCGUAUGGAAACGUGCCACCAUCUGGUUAACAAUGUGGAACUGUUCAAGAACCUUCCGCACACACUAAUCGAGGACAUCGUUGAUCGAUUAGUUCUCGAAAUAUUCCUGGAAAAUGACGUCAUCAUUGAAGCGGGACGCUACGGCAACGCCAUGUACUUCAUAGCCAGCGGAACGGCCGGGGUGUAUUCUAUAAAUGGGAAAGAGCUUAGCCAUCUGGUAGACGGAGCUCAUUUUGGAGAAAUUUGUGUCAUCAAAAAGGAGCAGAAGCGAACGGCCAACGUGGUUGCGCUGGAAAUGUGUGAAGUAUACAAGCUAUCCUACGUCGACUUUCAGGAGUUGAUCGAACCUCACUCCUAUCUGCUGGAACGGAUGAAGAAGCUAGCCGAGGAACGGAUGGUCAAAACGCUGGGUGCCAUGGACAAGGUUUCCGAGGUUGAUGUAUAUGAUAACUUUUUGCAAUAGAA